AUCCUUAAUCAACAAAUAUGGGAGUUGGAAUUUUGAUGGAAGUUGGUAGCAAUCUUUUUAUAAAUACCACCUUUUCCAAGUUUGAUUUCCCAAAGAGUCAGCUACAUGACAUUUUGAUUAGUCUCUUCCUUAAUCUUUCUGUUUGUGUCUCUUUUCAAGGAGCAGAAGCCAUUGGAAUUCUGGGUUUUCUGAAAUUGGAAGAAAAUCAGAAUGGCAAGAUCAAGAGUUCCCAUCUUAAUAAUGGGAGUUGUGCUUUGGUGUUGCUUGACAACCCCAGCAAAAGCAGAAUAUAUGAAAUACAAAGAUCCAAAACAACCUAUACCUGUUCGAAUCCAGGACUUGUUGGAUAGGAUGACAUUAGAGGAAAAAAUAGGACAGAUGGUCCAAAUCGAACGCGAAGUUGCUUCAGCCGAGGUGAUGAAGGAGUAUUUCAUUGGAAGUGUAUUGAGUGGAGGAGGGAGUGUCCCAGCUCCUCAAGCUUCUGCAGAAACUUGGAUAAACAUGGUCAAUGACUUUCAAAGAGGUAGUUUAUCAACCCGAUUAGGAAUUCCGAUGAUUUAUGGGAUUGAUUCUGUUCAUGGGAACAACAAUGUUUACAAGGCAACUAUUUUUCCUCACAACAUUGGUCUAGGUGCAAGCAGGGACCCUGAACUAGUUAAGAAAAUUGGGGCUGCAACAGCACUUGAAACCAGGGCAACUGGCAUUCCAUAUGCUUUCGCACCUUGUAUAGCGGUGUGUAGAGAUCCAAGAUGGGGUCGAUGUUACGAAAGUUACAGUGAAGAUCCCCAGAUUGUUCAAGACAUGACAGACAUUAUACCUGGAUUACAAGGAGACAUCCCUACUGACUCUCCUAAGGGAGUUCCAUUUGUUGCUGGAAAGAACAAUGUAGUGGCUUGUUCUAAGCACUAUGUAGGUGAUGGUGGAACAACCAAAGGCAUAGAUGAGAACAACACAGUGAUAGACUGGCAAGGUUUGCUCAGCAUUCAUAUGCCAGCUUACUAUACUUCAAUUAUGAAAGGUGUUUCAACAGUCAUGAUCUCCUAUUCAAGCUGGAAUGAGAUUAAAAUGCAUACUAAUCGUGAGUUAAUCACGGGUUUCCUCAAGAACACACUUGGUUUUAAGGGGUUUGUCAUCUCGGAUUGGGAAGGUCUUGAUAGGAUAACAUAUCCACCACACGCAAACUAUUCAUAUUCAAUUCAAGCUGGAAUUCAUGCGGGCAUCGACAUGGUCAUGGUUCCGUACAACUAUAAAGAAUUCAUAGAUGGGCUAACCUUCCAUGUGAAAAACAAUGUCAUCCCCAUGAGCCGCAUUGAUGAUGCAGUAAGGAGAAUUUUGCGAGUUAAGUUUGUAGUGGGACUAUUUGAGAACCCACUCGCUGAUAAUAGCUUGGUUGACCAACUAGGAAGUCAGGAACAUAGAGAGUUGGCUAGGGAAGCAGUGAGAAAAUCGCUUGUUUUGCUGAAGAAUGGGCAAUCUUUGAAUCAGCCAUUGCUUCCCCUACCUAAGAAGACCUCAAAAAUACUAGUUGCAGGUAGCCAUGCCGACGAUUUGGGUUAUCAAUGCGGUGGAUGGACAAUGGAGUGGCAAGGAUUUAACGGCAACAACCGUACAAUUGGUACAACAAUCCUAGCUGCCAUCAAGAACACGGUUGAUCCAAUCACCAAUGUCGUAUACAAGGAGAAUCCCAACGCAGAGUUCGUCAAGUCCAACAACUUCUCCUACGCCAUUGUGGUAGUAGGGGAACAUCCGUAUGCAGAAACAGAUGGUGAUAGCAUGAAUUUGACAAUUGCAGACCCUGGUCCAACCACGAUCAGAAAUGUGUGUGGAGCUAUGAAAUGCGUUGUUAUCAUAAUAUCCGGUCGCCCCGUUGUAAUCGAACCUUAUCUUGCCUCCAUAGAUGCUCUUGUCGCCGCUUGGUUACCUGGUACCGAGGGACAAGGUGUUGCAGACGUUGUAUUUGGUGAUUAUGGUUUUACAGGCAAGCUUCCUCGUACAUGGUUCAAAACGGUCGAUCAACUGCCGAUGAACGUCGGGGAUCCGCAUUAUGAUCCUCUCUAUCCAUUUGGGUUUGGCAUUACUACUGAACCAACUACAAGGCAAAGCGAUGACAAUCCAUUCUUAAGUAUUUCAUCUUAUUUCAAUUAAUUUUCAUUUGUUAUACAACUAGCUUUGAAUUUCAGUAAUUCUUUAUAUAUGUUUAUAUAUAUAUAGUAAGAUAUUUUAUAGGAAAAAAAAUGUAAAGUCUCAAUACUAUUAGUAAAGUCAGAUUUUCAACA